GUAGUGGUAAGAUAUAGCUAAAGACUAAAGUGAUUCUAAACCAAUUAUAGGUUUUCAUCUAAAAGAAAACUUUUGCAAACUAACCAUAAAUUUGUAGUGAUUUAUAUGUAGACAUAUUAUUACUCCAAUAUAAUUGCAAAUCACAUUAUAUUCAAAUUAUCAUACAUAAAAAAUACAAUAAGGAAAAUCACAACUUCACUCCCUUAAUAUUAUGGACCGUUAGGCAUAUAUAUAUUAAUUAAAUAAAUCCAACGAUUCAGAUCAACCAAAGCAUUCUAUGUCUUCGACGUGGACGGCUAAGAUGAAUUCGACAUCUGUACCUUAAUGGAGAUUUUCUUCUCAAAUUUCAGUCUUAACGAUAAUGAAACGGAACGAACCUCAACUCCUCCUCUCCUCUCCUCCGCGCUCUCCACAACACCAAGCUCUUCUCCUCGCCGGUCCACGCAUUCGACCACUCCAACAACUCCACGCCCACUUCAUCGUCUCCGGCUGCCACCACAAUCUCCCUCUCCUCACAAAGCUACUCACUUUAGCUUGUACCGCCGGCUCAAUCGCUUACACCCACCGUCUCUUCAACUCAAUCCCAAACCCCGAUUCAUUCCUCUUCAAUUCCCUAAUCAAAGCUUCUUCCUUUUCGGGUUUUUCUCAAGACGCAAUCUUUUUCUACAAUCGGAUGAUUCAAUGUGGAAUCUUUCCUUCUAGUUACACUUUUACUUCUGUGAUUAAGUCUUGUGCUGAUCUUUCGAGUUUGGGACUUGGUCAACGUGUUCAUUCACAUGUUUUGGUUUGUGGGUAUGGAUUUGAUCCCUUUGUACGGACUGCUCUCAUCACAUUUUAUGCGAAAUCUGGUGAUUUGGGUAUUGCACGGAAAGUGUUCGAUGAAAUGUCUGAAAGAACUGUUGUGGCUUGGAAUGCUAUGAUUUCGAGUUAUGAGCAAAAUGGGUUUUCAAGAGAAGCUAUUGAAGUUUUUGAUUUGAUGAGAGAAAGGGGUUUUGCUGUUGCAAAACCCGAUUCAACAACAUUUGUGAGUGUUCUUUCUGCUUGUUCUCAAUUGGGAGCUCUUGGUUUAGGUUGUUGGGUUCAUGAUUAUGUUAUUGAGAAUGAUUUUUAUGUGAAUGUUGUUCUUGGUACUUCAUUGAUUAAUAUGUAUGCUAAGUGUGGUAAUGUGAGUAAAGCUCAAGAGGUUUUCGAUUCGAUGAAUGAAAGGAAUGUCAUUGCUUGGACAGCUAUAAUCUCAGCUCAUGGAGUUCAUGGUUAUGGUAAUCAAGCUAUGAAACUCUUUCUUGAGAUGAAAACUGAGUGUCCAAACCCGAAUAGUGUCACAUUCGUUGCAGUUUUAUCGGCCUGUGCUCACUCGGGGCUUGUUGAAGAAGGGCGAAAGGUGUAUGCAAGUAUGGGGAAAGAGUAUGGCUUGGUUCCGGGAAUUGAGCACCAUGUUUGCUUGGUUGAUAUGUUGGGGCGAGCUGGACUUUUAACUGAAGCUUAUCGGUUUAUUAAAGAGCUCGAUUAUGUAGAGCCAGCCCCCGCGAUUUGGACUGCAAUGCUUGGAGCUUGCAAGAUGCAUAAGAAUUUUGUUCUUGGAGUAGAAGUUGCUGAGCAUCUUUUAGCUGUUGAGCCAGAUAAUCCCGGGCAUUAUGUAAUGUUGUCUAACAUAUACGCCUUGGCUGGUCGAAUGGAUCGAGUUGAGAUAGUUAGGAAGAUGAUGAAUCGAAGAAGGUUGAAGAAGCAAGUGGGAUUUAGUACCAUAGAAGUUGAUCAUAAAACCUAUGUGUUUAGUAUGGGAGAUAAGUCCCAUUAUGAAACAACCGAAAUUUAUCAGUAUUUGGAUGACCUAAUGUCGCGGUGUAGGGAACUCGGUUAUGUCCCUGCACCCAACUCGGUUUUACAUGAGUUAGAAGAAGAAGAGAGGGAGUUUGCUCUUAGGUACCAUAGCGAGAAGCUUGCGAUUGCGUUCGGCUUGUUGAGAACCGGCCGAGGCCAAGGUUCUUCAAUUAUUAGGGUUGUGAAGAACCUUAGAAUGUGUGAGGAUUGCCAUUUAGGUAUAAAGUACAUUUCAAUUUUGACCAAAAGAGAGAUUAUUGUUAGGGACAAACUUAGGUUUCAUCACUUUAAAGAUGGACAUUGCUCAUGUUUGGAUUAUUGGUAACCAAAUAUUUGCAUUAGGGAAAUAAGGGAUUUUAUUAAAAAAUGAAUUUAGUGAAAAUUAAUUAGACCCAAUUCUUGUACCUAGAAAAAACUCUACUAAAAAAAAUUACUUAUACUACUCUUUCUCAUGUUAUUGUAGAAUUAUGAUUGGGUUUGGGUUUGAUGUAUCUAUUCAUCUAAUCUUGUUUAUAUAAAAAUGGAAACUUUUUGGACCCAAAGUCCAUAUUU